AACUACUUUUUUUUUUUCAAUCCAUUUUCAUUUAUAUUCCAAAAGGCUCCUUUUGUUGCUCACUGUUUCCUGCCAAGUCAUUUAGUCAGCGUUUGAUGUCUGGCAACGUCGCUUUUCCAUGCUUUCCGUUUUGUUGUUCCUUUGUGAAGAGCUCACCAGAGUAACUCUCUCCUCCACCUCCGCCUCUCCAUCUGUGCCUCACACGCGUGUUUCACCACAGCAACAGAGACGCACAUCUUGGUCACCAUCAGGGUCCUGUUUGCGUCGGACACAUAAGAGACUCAUGGGCAGGAAGAAAUAAAGGCAUCAGUUCAGCCCCUCCCCAGCUGACCUGUGUGUUGAGUCCUGGCUGUGGGGAUUUGUUGUUGGUGGGCCAGCUCCACUGGUGUCUAUGUGAGCGAACGGUAAUGAAGACCAGCAUGAAGCAGUGGCGGAGGCUGUUGUUGGUGGCCAUGCUGGUCUGGGUCUUGGUCUUUCUUGCUCUGCUCUCCUACUUCCUGGAUGCCCGUGUGGACGAGUCUCUGACCUCUGUUGGCUCUUUACUCUACCAGCAUCCUGACACCAGGCGGUUGGCCUCCAUACAAGCCUCCAAUCAGCAGCAUGCCGUCUUUGGUUUAAAACCUGAACUGGCUUUGCAAUUAACUACAACAUAUCUCAGAGACAAACCAAGACCAGAACCUUCCACCAGCUCCAUAACCUCAAAGACCAGCAUGGAGGCAAGCCAGAGCCCUUACGUGACUUAUGAUAGCCAGGAGGCGGGUCGCCAAGAGUAUCUGGACCCGCAGAGCCUAGCUGCCUGGUCCUCCUUUGGUACAGAGAAUGUGGGCUCUCAUUCAGACCCUGCAGUCCAGAGUCGUGAGAGAGUGUACCAGAACCAGAUCAGUGCCACUCAAUACCACGGCAGUGAGGAUGAAGAUAAUGGCAGAGAAGAUCAAGAUCUUGAUCACAAAGUUAGGACUGCAGAAGUCGGGAGAACUGGUGGAGAGUCUUCUGACUUGGAAGAUUACUAUUUCUCCCGAUCUGACUCUUUGGUGCAGAGGCUGUGGAAGGGCCGCGCAUCUGCCGGCAUGCUCAGUCCCCGACUGCAGCGCGCCAUGAAGAGCUACAUGAGCUCAAACAAACAUCACGUUUUCUACAACGGACAUCGGAAAGGUACCCAGAGUGCCAAAGAGUUGCUGUGUCAAAUGAAAGCCCAGGCUCAGCUGAAAACAGUGGAUGGGUUGGAGGAGCCCUUCUCCUCUCUUGGCUGGGCCGACUUUGUGCCAUCCCAUCCGCUGGAGCAGCUGAACAAACAGCAACAGGACAGGAGUGGUUUCAAAAGCUGUGCAGUGGUCACCUCUGCUGGCUCCAUCCUGCGUUCCAGACUGGGCAAGGAAAUAGAGGCUCAUGAUGCGGUUUUGCGGUUCAACGCAGCCCCUACAGAGGGAUAUGAACAUGAUGUGGGAAGCAAAACUACCAUCCGCAUCAUCAACUCACAGAUUUUGGCGAAUCCCAAUUAUGAGUUCAACACGAGCUCCAUCUAUAAGAAUAUAACGCUGGUGGCCUGGGAUCCUGCACCUUACAAUGUUAACUUGCAUAAGUGGUAUGAUAGUCCGGACUACAACCUGUUUGGUCCGUACAUAGAUCAUCGUAAGGCCCACCCCGACCAGCCCUUCUACAUCCUUCAUCCCAGCUACGUGUGGCGACUGUGGGAUGUGAUUCAGAGCAACACUCAGGAGAACAUCCAGCCCAAUCCCCCCUCGUCUGGCUUCAUAGGCAUUCUCCUGAUGAUGGCGCUGUGUGAGCAGGUGCACGUGUACGAGUACAUUCCCUCCAUGAGGCAGUCCGACCUGUGCCACUACCACGAGCAUUACUACGAUGCUGCCUGUACACUAGGCGCCUAUCACCCCCUCCUCUUCGAGAAGAUCCUGAUCCAGCGCAUCAAUAAGGGGCUCGAGAGCGACCUCCGGAGGAAGGGACGCGCAACUCUUCCGGGCUUCAGCACCAUCGACUGUGGCAUUUGAAAUAUAAAACCCUGUGAGGAUGAAAGUAAAAGAGUAAAAAAAAACUGCAUACACUGGUCUUUGGUGGUUGACCAUGGGAGAGUUGCAAUAAAGCCACAGCAGACAAGAAGGUUGAGGCUUACUUGUUUUCAAUUAGCCCCAGUAAGAGCAUAAGCCAUAGCCCUCCUGGGAGGGAUCAGCUCUGAGGUUCUCUAAAGACCUUGUCUUCUUUAAUAACAAUUUACUUGACCAGAGACUGGAGAGGUAAAACACAAAAACUCUGCUUUAGCUGAGCCACGUUAGCUGUGGAGCUGACUAGGGUAGCAACAAAUCAGUGCUUUAGAUAGAAAGUCAGUUUUUAAUAACUUGGUGUGUAUCAGUCAUGUAAAAAAAAACAAAAACAAGUUUUGCAGUUUUAUGGGUGGUAUUCCACUUAAAGGAAAAGCCACAGUUUAUUACUUCAGAUUUCUUUUUUAACAAUCCAGAGUCGUGUGAGUGAAGAGAAGAGUCACUCUGAAUUUCAUAAAAGUCUCCACAUACUGCAGCAACAAAAAGAAUGUGCAGUUUUUAAAGAGAGAUUAUCCGCAUUACUGUACAUAUCUUCCAGCAGAAUCAGAAGCCGUUUCGAGUCGUCACCGGGGCGUUAGUUUCUCACUACUGAUGUUAUGAUUGGUCUAAAAUCACUGUUCUUUGCACGAUGACUGAGAGUCACCAGUCUGAUCACAGUUUAGGUUUUUUUUUUUAGGAUGCACUUGUUUUGUAAAAAAUGAACGUAAAUGGGGGCCAAAAAAUGAAACGGGUGCCGAGAACAGCCAUUACCCCGUGCCUGAUGGUCAGCUGAACACUUUCCUCGGGUUGCCUUGUCACUGUUUAGAUAAAUGCAGUACACUUUGCGGCAGGACUGCAUUGCCAUCCAGUUUGAUUGUGAUGCUGUGUGGAGCAGUGGAUUUUCCUGCAGUCAUAUAGUUCUCAGCUCUGCCUCAACAAUCACCAGCCCCUCAGAUUUUAGUUUAUCCUUCUCUGCUCUCAUUUCACUGUUUAUUGAAUGUAUAUUUACCACUGCCUGCUUUGGCCAACCCUGUACCGGAGCUCACCUCUGCUGUACUGUCUGUAUACAUACGUCGCAGGGAUUUUACUUGCAUUCCUUACAAUUACACAUGGUUCAGAGUUGCAAUAUCCACCACGGCUCAGAACAGAGAUGGUUAAAAAUCCGGGAUUUUUGGCCAGCAGUGUCUCGGGAUUUACUUUGCCUCCAAGUUUUGAUUAUUUUGUUUGCAGUGAGCCGGUGCCACAUCUGGCGGUAGCUGUAGACGUUUAAAGUCGGCACGGGAAUGAAGGUCUGAAAAUAUUUGGCUUGAGGGAAGUGUUUUAAUAAAUGUGUGCAAUCGGUAGUGGUUUGAUCAAAGAUUUGAAGAUGUUGCAUGUGAAGAAAGCGAUUGCUGCAGUAGUGUAGAAAGAAAAAAGCUGCUUCUGUGGUUCGACUUGGGUUGGGUAUGUGCUUUUUUAAAAGUUAUUCAAUCUUUAUUUUAUGAAAGAAAUUAUUAAAUACUUUAAAAUCGAGUGCCAUUUUUCACUUUUGGUGUUUUAUACACUGUGUGUUAUAUAAAUUUGUGAUUUUGCAAAUACAAUGAGAAACUGCCAUGGUCAGCCAACAUAAAAAACCAUCAGUUGUGUAGAUGCUUUUUUUUAAUGUGGGACCUCAGCUGUCCAACAUACUCGAUUGGUUGUUUGGAGUUUAUAGGUUUAUCAUCUCCAUGUUCUGAGAUGUUGAUGCAAAGUGUUUCUCUUCUUAAUGAGGCGGCAGACCCUUGUUAUUUGAAAAAUGUAACUGUGUAGUUUUAAAGAUGAGAGAUUAUAACAAAAAUAAAGUAGAAUUAGCAUUUAGACUUGAAUCAAAUUCAAUAAAUAUAACACUUAAAACAGAGACCAUGUUUUUUGCCCUUUAUAGUUCUAACAUUGCAGCACAGGUAGCUGCUGCUGGAAGUUGGAAAAGUUUUGCGGAGGAGGAAGAAAGCAAAGUUUUCAAGGGGCGUUGUGACAAGAACGCUUAAGUUAUCCAUUAAUACAGGAAGAUGUAUCAUUAAAUUCCCCUAAUCCCUCUCUCCCUGCAUUGUGGAAAGAAAAACUAAUCCUGACAAAAAAAUAGAUUCAUAUGAAUGUCUUUCAGAGAGUAGCUCCUCUUAUGAAGUAUAGUGCACAGUCCUUUUGGAAAUAGUCGCCAAGCACAAUUUCAGACCUGGAAAGAGAUUUGGUUGAAAUGACAUUUUAAGGGAACUUCUGUCAAACUACCAGAAUCAUUUUUGCGAGGUGUAUUUCACACCAAGUAAUAAAGCAACAUACUUUUCCCCAUCCGAUUUCAAUGUUGUGGUUGACAACAUGUAGUACACUACGCAUAAGAUAACGCAGAAUUCAGUGAAUUACUUAGACGUUAGUUAAAAAAAAGAAAGCUUCAUCACAUUGAUGCAAAAUUGUGUAACCAGGAAAACAUUUCCCACAAUGAGAUAUUGAAAAGGUUUUAAUAAAUUCUGUUCAGGAUGUUUCUAGAAAGUGGGCAUGCCCUGAGGUCAGUGUGUGCCAAGAUUUUGGAAAGUUGGUUUUAAUAAUUUUAUGCUAUUGCUUUUUAAAGAGAUGCAAGCGGAGGUGCUGGGUUGACCGGCGCGUUCUCCCGCCAACUUGCUGUGCUUGUAAAAUUUUCCCUUUAUCAACACGAAAACCCAUGCAGACACUUAAAGUCAUUUCUAAAACAGUUAACACAAUUUUAAAACUGCAGUUAUGAAGAUACUAGCAUGUCUGCUAAGCAACAGACUGUAGUAUGUACCACAGCAGAUAGCUCAACUAAUUAACCAGCUAUCAUUAGUUGGCUAUUCUUGCAAAAAUUGUGAAAUUCUGCACAACAAUCGGUUGGACAUAAAUGUAGUGGGUAUUCAUUCUGUAGUCAAAGUACUAAAUUUAAUAUAGAAUGUUAGACUAAUAUUAGAUAUGUAGUUUUAGCAGCAGUAGAAAAAAAAUUGGAUUUUUUUUUUUUAGGUAGUUAUUGUACCAAAAGAAUGUAAUGCAGGCCCAUGCAUAGUAAUAAUUGUAGUCAAUAUUCUCACUCUUCCCAGUACAGACUAGAAGCAUUUGCAAGGCCUGUUGACACUUUUUCAAAAUAAACAUAUACCCAACCCCAGUCUGGUCUAAGAACCCCAGUAAUGAGGCUUAUAAUAAGACUAAACAAAAUGAUGUUUUUGCAGGCUGCAGGUUUUGCUGCAGGGGUGUUAACGUGCAAAAAGCCCUGAACAUAUUGUACAUUUGUGCUUUCCGUUGCACAAAGCAUGCAAAAGUCAGGAUUAGGGCUGAGUCUUAAACUGUGUGUGCUGUGUUGUGCUGAAGAUCAUUGCCAUUAAUGUUGUAGGAGUCGACUGUGCUUUAAGGUCUUUGUUGUUUUAUUAAAGGAUUUUUUUUUGCAUCUUUCUUUUACUGCAUGCUUGUGGACCACAUUGGGUUGUGGUGUAGCAUUCAGCUGGUCCCUGAUGCCUCUUGGCAACUUCAUUUCUUCAUUUAUUCAGUAUUGUGCCAAAUUCCACCUUAAAUUGUUUGUCAGAUUGUUAAAGUGGAACAAGAACUCAGAAUAAAAACAAGUCUGGGAAAUUAGGGUUUCUCUCUAUGACCUUAAUAGUUUUUUUUCUGUCCACUUAAGUACUGAUUUUUUUAUUGCCAGUGUUAAAUACCGGAAGCUGUAUAAAAUUUUGACAUUAGCUUGUGGAUAAGUGGUGAAAGAGUACAUUGUUUAGACACUGAUGAUAAAGUUUUUCCUCUUUCAACCCGUUCUCCAGCCUUUUUUUCUCUUGAGGCCUACUUUUCAUGUCUUUGUUUUGAUUUACUAUGGUGGGAUUUGAUUUACUCUGGACCACACUGCCUCUGAAGGAUUGUUCAGCAUUUAAUUUUAGGUUAUACGUCAGUGUGAUAGGAGGUCCUGUUUCACUCCCAGCAGCCUUAGGGUGAUCUUGAUUUUUAUUAUUCAGUGGGUUUUCUUCUUCUUCUUACACUUGAAUGAUAUUUAAAUGGAGGAUUUGUAUGAUUUGAGCUGUUAUCUCCUUUUUUACUGUGUGAAUAAAAUUGUUGAAACAUG